UCUACGUCUGCAUGAUCUCCUCCGCGCACAACGUGGCGGCGCAGGGGAAGUACAUCGCCAUCGCCAGCACUACCGUGGAAACCGCGGACCCGGAGAAGGAAAUCAAGCCGGCCUUGGACCUCUUGGAGCCCAUUGAGCAGAAGUUCGUUAGCAUCAGUGACCUGUUCGCACCGACCGACUUGGGAACCGAAAGCCAGAUCUUCAUUUCGCGCACCUACGACGCCACCACUCACUUCGAGACGACGUGCGACGACAUCAAAGAUAUUUACAAGAGGAUGAUGGGAUCAGAGUUCGACUUUGAGGAGAUGAAACGCAAGAAGAACGAUAUCUAUGGGGAGGAGGAGCAGCAGUAAUGAGAGUCUCUAAUUAGGAGAAAUUUAAAUCGGCUAAUAUGAAUAUAUAAGGAACUUAAUGAACACUGUACGAAAUUCAAUAUUGUAAGGCCUGCUUUUGUAAUCCCAUCUCUGAGAGAUUGAAGAGUACUGCACUGGUAAUGUUCCCCUUUUUGGAUAUUAUGUGUUAAUUAUUUCAUUCUAGUAGGGCUGCUGUCCAGAAUCUGGCAAAUUACUGACUGAUUUAAUGACUAACCUCGUAAGCAAAAGGCAGACUGAAC